GUCAGGAAUUGAUGGUGACUCCGUUCACGGUCACUUGUGGGCACACGUUUUGUUACGAGUGCCUGUCGGACUGGCUCAAGGUGAAGCACUCGUGUCCGUUGUGUCGCCAGCGUGUGAGGCGUGUUCCUGUGUUUAAUGUGCCGAUGAAACAGUUGCUGGAAAGUUAUCUGGAGGCGGUGGCGAAGGACCAUCCCGACCAAAAAGAGCCCAUAACCAAGAUGAUACGCGAGCGCAACAAGUUAUACGAGAAAGAUAACCACAACGAUACCUGUUUCAAAAAUCUGUUUGACAACUAUUCGGAGGCCGUUCUGGAUACCAGCGAUGGCAUUCCACGUUGCAGUGUCUGCCACUGGGAAGCUCACGGCUCUCGAUGUCUGAAUUGCGGGCGACGCCUUCUUGCAGCUACCAACGAGAGAUUUUCGUCCUCGGACAGUGAGGAUGAUCCGGAGUACCACGACGAGUCGGCCUCGUACGGCGAAGAGAGUUUUAUUUCUCUGCUCGAGCGCGAAAGCCCUGAGCUUGCGGACGCCUGGCGGCAACGGGAGGCUCUUCGACUAUUUAUUAAUGCUCCCUCUCCUGGAGAAGAGGAGGAGGACGAUUUCGACGACGAUUACGUUGACUACGACUUUGAACGCGACCUCAGGGACGCAGAUAGCGUGCCCAGCGACAUAGACGACGGUGAUGAGUACUAUCGACCUGCGAACACGCGGCAUCGGUCGAGGAUCCUGUCGAGCGACAGCGACGAGGAGUGGACGGAGUAAACCAGCGGCGAGUUUGGGUUAUAAGUUUUCGGUUAUAGGAGGAUAAAUGGAACUGUAUGAAUAGU